AAACUGUAGUUUGGUCUCUACAUAUGAAACGCCGGUUUUCCUCUUUCGCUUGAAACCGAAACCGGCCGUCCUAGUAUUACCACGUCGCCGUUGCCCUUAUCUCUUCAUCGGAUCUAACUUCUAAAUCCAGAGCUUGAGAUUUUGGAUUCCGAUUAGGUUUUCGCAUGCUCUGUUCAUCGUCUUGGAGACUCCUGUUUGUGUUGUUGGGUCUUUUCCCACGAAAUUUCAGGACCCGAAUGACACUGCGUUGAAGUCGCGAGUCACUUUCGAUUAUAAAUACGCCAAGGAUGAACGGACCCAGGUGAAAUCAUCGAGUUUUCUCAUCUGGGUUUCUCGAUUGAUCGGCAAUGGAGGCGGGGAGAUCCAAAACCGAAGGCUGUAACCCGGUUAAGAAACCCGGACCCGUGACGAUGGAGCACGUUCUGCUUGCUUUACGCGAGACCAAGGAAGAGAGGGAGAUCAGAAUUCGCAGUUUGUUCGAUUUCUUCGAUGGGUCGAACCUAGGGUUUUUGGAUUACACCCAGAUCGAGAAGGGAUUGUCCUCGCUUCAGAUUCCUCCCGAGUACAAGUACGCUAGCGAUUUGCUCAGAGUCUGCGACGCGAAUCGAGACGGGCGCGUUGAUUACCAGGAGUUUCGUCGGUAUAUGGACGCUAAGGAGCUUGAGCUUUACAGGAUCUUCCAGGCCAUUGAUGUCGAACACAGUGGCUGCAUUUUGCCGGAGGAGCUAUGGGAUGCUCUUGUUAAGGCUGGCAUUGAAAUCGAUGAUGAGGAACUUGCCCGUUUUGUGGAGCAUGUGGACAAGGACAACAAUGGGAUCAUAACUUUUGAAGAAUGGAGAGAUUUUCUUCUGUUAUACCCACAUGAAGCCACCAUUGAAAACAUCUACCAUCACUGGGAAAGGCUGUGCCUUAUAGACAUUGGAGAGCAUGCUGUUAUUCCGGACGGUAUAAGUAAACAUGUCAAAAGAAGCAAAUUGCUUAUCGCAGGUGGAUUAGCCGGAGCCAUAUCUAGAACUGCAACCGCCCCUCUGGACCGUCUCAAAGUUGUCUUGCAAGUUCAAAGAACGCAUGCAAGCGUUGCCACGGUCAUUACGAAAAUAUGGAGGGAAGACCGGUUAUUGGGUUUCUUCAGAGGUAAUGGGUUAAAUGUAAUGAAGGUGGCUCCUGAAAGCGCCAUAAAGUUUUGCGCUUACGAAAUGCUGAAACCCAUUGUUGGGGGAGAAGAUGGAGAUAUUGGCCCGAGCGGGAGGCUUCUGGCCGGGGGAAUGGCUGGUGCAUUGGCUCAAACUGCCAUCUACCCUAUGGAUCUCGUGAAAACUCGGUUACAGACUUGUGUGAGCGAAGAAGGCGGAAAGGGACCCAAGUUGGGGAAGCUAACAAAGGAAAUAUGGGUUCGAGAGGGGCCUCGAGCCUUUUACAAGGGUCUAUUCCCUUCUCUUCUCGGGAUCAUCCCUUAUGCGGGAAUUGACCUCGCCGCCUAUGAAACCUUCAAGGACUUGUCAAGAACAUACAUUCUUCGCGACACCGAACCAGGUGCUCUCGUGCAGCUCAGCUGUGGAAUGAUGUCGGGAGCUCUUGGAGCAACGUGUGUUUACCCGUUGCAGGUCGUAAGAACAAGAAUGCAAGCUGACAGCGCAAACACCAAAAUGAGGGAAGAGUUCAUGAAAACACUGCGUGGCGAAGGCUUGAGAGGUUUCUACAGAGGGCUCUUACCGAACCUUCUGAAAGUGGUUCCAGCUGCAAGCAUCACUUAUAUCGUUUAUGAAGCCAUGAAAAAGCACAUGGAUCUUUGAUUUGUUCAAAGCUUUCGCCUCAUCAUUUCGGCGUUUUCAGACACUACCGAGACUGGGAUGACGACGAAGACAAGCUUGGAGCUGUCCGGAUUAGGAUUCUUUCUGUUCCUUAGGGGAUCUUUUCAGUUAAGAUUAUGAAGAAAAAAAACGAUGGAAAUUUAGCAGGAAAUAUCACACGGAUGAACGAUUGCAUAAAAGAGAUCAGUUUGACUCUCUCUCUCUAGAUCUGAACUCAACCUGAUAUUGUUGAAAAGAACAAUCAGACAAAGCUGGUACGUUUCUUUAUAAAGCAAGCACAAAGAACACAUAAACCUUGUCUGUCUCGCCGGAGAUUUUGCCGGCGCCGGCGCCGGAGAAUUUCAGGAGAGAGACAGCAACAAGAAGAAGAAAAACAGAGGGAAAGGGAGAGAAACAAAAAAAAAAGGAAAAGGAAGAAGAAGAAAGGCGUAGCCUUCCCUUUGCCUAUGAUGACUUGCCGUUUUCGAGAGACUUCCCUCUUGACGGAGAGAAGCCGACGUUAACUUCCGUUAUCUGAUGCAGAGGAAAUCACCCUUUAACGCCGUCUUCUUUUUCCGUUUCUUUCUCCACAUCAUUUUCUCUCUCUCUCUCUCUCUCUCUCUC